AUGCCGUUGCUUGGUCGAGAAAAGGGCCGAAGCCCGAGAUCUCGCAGAUCGGAUGACGAAUUUGUCGUCUUCCUCCAGGGGAUUCCGGCCCAUUGUCGCUGGCAAGAGCUCAAAGAUCUCGUCCGUCAGACGGCUCUCCAUAUUCGGCAGGCUGUGGUCUAUGAUGACAGCCAUGGCUUCCCGACAGGACUGGGUCAGAUCAUCGUAAAAAAUGAGGAUGAAGCAUGGCGGACUUACCACCGAUUAUCCACCAAUGGGUGGGAAGGCCAGAGCUUGGUUGUGACACUGGCGCGCACCAGCGCUCCCACGAAGCCUAUUGCUGGACCUACCAGGAGUCCACCGGCAAUGAUCCAAGGCUACAUGUCAGGUCAUUCCACACCACCCCGGUCUCAGGGCAACAUGACCAUGCCUCCGUCGCCCAUCUCACCCGAAUCGGUCCACUCCGGUAGUCCCCCCUACCCAUACCCGGAGUUCGCACCCAUGGGGGCCCCAAUGGCCAUCCCCCAGCAGCCCUACAUGCCCAUGAUGCCAGACCAUCCCAUGCAAUGUGUGACGCCAUCCCCCAUGAUGCACUGCUCGCCGUACGAGGCACCAGGCUGGAACAUGAUGCCCAUGUACCCGAUCUCGCCGGUUCAGCCCCUCCCCGACCAUGCAGGAGACCACUAUCCGCGCUAUCACCCCCGUAAGCCCUGGGCUUCCCACCCAACAUCCGACUCCCCGGUUCCAGACCUCACCCAGCGAGCCGUCUAUAUUGAAAACCUAAGCGCAGCAACUACCACAUCCGAUUUGAAGAGCCUCCUCCAAGGCGCCGGUACCGUCGAACAGUGCAACCUAACAGUGACCUCUGAGGCCUACGACACCCAAGCCCAAACGCACGCUUCCGCAAUCAUGCUCAGCGUGGAAGAAGCCAGGCGCGCCGUGACCGCUCUCAACGGCAUGACAUUCAUGGGCGCCCGAAUCCGCGUCAAGAUGGAGCAACCGCCCAAUAUGGCACGCAGUGGAAGCUGGGAUGGCACCGUGACGCAGGACGAGCCCGAUCUGAUGGAUCCAGCAGCCAGCGAGAAGAGUUCUGAGUGCAGUGGCUGUGGGCAGGAUGUCCUGUUCAAGAGCCACAAGCAGGUGGAUCCGCACAAGCCGCUUGUGGUUGAUGGGAGCGGUCUGCAGAAGAAGUCAUUAGAGUUGUUGUCGACGUCGGCACCGACGUAG